AUGCCGCGUCCCACGCUACCGCCCACGCCGGCGUCCUCGACGGACAUAAAGGGCCAAGACGGCUCCAAGAACUUCAACUCACUACAGCUCUCUUUCGAAUUGCCACCACCCGCUCUUGUUCAAGACGCCUCGAGAAUAUCCCCCAAAGACAUGCGGACGUCGCCGUACCCCGUACAGCCCAGUGAGACGGUCAAGUCCCGCCGGCGCUCGUCGGCAGCCCAAAAGGCCGCUUCGAAUGAGAGCUUCGCGCUACCACCCCCUCCGACGCGGUCUCGCAAAAUCAUCCAAAUGAAGCCCAGAACGACGCAAGAGGAACCUGAGGAGGCCCCGGCUACCGCUAGCGGUGCCAAGUCGGGGACUGCGGGUCUGGGAAAGGCCGGUGCGGCGCCGGCUGGGGCCUCCACUCCGGCGGCUCAGGGCAAGAAAAAGCAGCCUUCCGCAACGAGCGUGGCGGGUCGCAAGAUUGCUAGGAAGACGGCGCACAGUCUCAUUGAGCGUCGCCGCAGGUCAAAGAUGAAUGAGGAGUUCGCCGUGCUGAAGGGCAUGAUCCCGGCUUGUACGGGGGAAAUGCACAAGCUGGCCAUUCUUCAGGCAUCAAUCGAAUACGUGAGAUACCUCGAAGACUGCGUUGCCAAACUCAAGGCUCAACGGGAAGCGUCCGAGGCCCGCUCACCCACCGAGUCUGGUUUGCAGACCCCUUCGGGCCGCAGCGAGACAUGGGGUUCCAUCCCGCAAUUUGUCCCUAGAUUUCAGGAAGACCCUGAUGAUGAUGUCGAGAUGACCGGCUCGGAGGCUCCGUCGCCGACGUUCCCGCCCGUCCAGCAACAGCAGCAGCCGUCCGUGUCGCCGGCACUCCUGCCGCAGGACACCAACUCAAGGCACCGCCACGACUCAUACUCUUCCGUAUCGACGGACCACGCACGAAAUUACAGCUAUAGCACGUCGACGACCGCGUCGCCUGCGUUCGGGCCACAGACGUACGCCGGGUACGGGCACGGUGGUGGCGUUGGGUCGGCACUUACAAGUCCCGCGUUGGCACCGUUGAGGGAUCUGGAUCAGGAGGCGACGGCCGCACUGUUGAUGCUGAAUAGUGACCGCAGGGGGACCGUCGGAGAUACGAAUACAGGUGCGAACGGUGGCGCUGUGAGGAGCGCUGGAAGGGGGAUGUCAGUGAGGGAUUUGCUGAGCACGUAA